UGGUGGAUGAACCCCUGAUAUAUCUGCUCACAGAAAACCAAUUGACUUGAAGGCAAUUGGGAAGCUGCCAUAGCAAUGCGAGCUCUUACAAACUAUGUCUGCUUGAAAGAUGCCUAUGAAGAGCAAAAGAAAAAAGUGGCUGACCAUCCAAAUCGUGUCCCUUCCAUCUGGCUAGCGAUGUAUCAGGCUUUUGGGCGGCCAAUCCUUCUCAGCAGCACAUUCCGUUACUUAGCUGACCUUUUGGGGUUUGCUGGACCACUCUGCAUUUCUGGGAUUGUUCACAGUUUCUCCAAUGAUACCCAAAAUGACAUGAGCCCAAAUGUUUCUGGUCUGUUCAAUGGUACUGUGAGCUAUUCUACCACAUUAUCUAAAAAUCCUACAGAUCCAUAUCUCACCUCUAGCGAUUUUCUCAAAACCAAUUAUGUCCUGGCCGUUCUGCUUUUUCUGGCCCUCAUCCUGCAAAGGACAUUUCUCCAGGCCUCCUACUAUGUUACUAUAGAAACAGGCAUCAAUUUACGAGGAGCUUUACUGGCAAUGAUCUAUAAUAAAAUCCUGCGACUUUCCACAUCCAACUUAUCAAUGGGAGAGAUGACACUGGGGCAGAUCAAUAAUUUGGUUGCCAUCGAAACAAAUCAGCUCAUGUGGUUCUUGUUCCUGUGUCCCAACCUAUGGGCUAUGCCCGUUCAGAUCAUCAUGGGUGUCAUUCUGCUCUACAACCUUCUUGGACAGAGUGCCUUGGUUGGAGCUGCUGUCAUUGUGCUAUUGGCUCCAAUACAGUAUUUCAUAGCGACCAAGUUGGCUGAGGCUCAGAAGAGUACGCUUGAUUAUUCUACAGAACGGCUGAAGAAAACCAAUGAGAUACUGAAAGGCAUCAAACUGUUAAAGCUGUAUGCUUGGGAGCAUAUAUUCUGUAGAAGUGUAGAAGAUACACGACUGAAGGAACUCACCAGUCUCAAAACCUUUGCUCUUUACACAUCUCUCUCCAUUUUUAUGAAUGCAGCUAUACCAAUUGCAGCUGUUCUCGCGACCUUUGUGACCUACACGUAUUCAGAAAAGGAGCCGUUAAAUACAGCCCAGGCAUUUGCAUCUCUGUCGCUAUUCCAUAUUCUGGUCACUCCGCUGUUCUUACUCUCCACUGUUGUUAGAUUUGCUGUGAAGGCCAUCAUCAGUGUACAAAAACUGAAUGAAUUUCUCAUAAGUGAUGAGAUUGGAGAUGAUAGCUGGAGAAAUGGAGAUGCUGCCUUAACAUAUGAGACAUGUGAGAAGCAUCCAGGAAUUCACCCCAAAGCCAUAAAUCGGAAGCAGCCAUUGCGAUACCAACUCGACAGCUAUGAGCAGUCAUUAAGGAUACCAUCCCGUCAUGCUGACAUUGAUGACUGUGCUAUCAAGGUAACCAAUGGGUACUUCUCAUGGGGAAGUGGUUUAGCCACAUUGUCCAAUAUUGAUAUCAGAAUCCCAACAGGCCAAAUGACAAUGAUUGUGGGACAGGUUGGUUGUGGCAAAUCUUCUCUCCUCCUUGCUAUUCUUGGUGAGAUGCAAGCAUUGGAAGGCAAAGUUCAUUGGAACCGACUGCCUGACAGAGAGGCGUUUUCAGGAGGAUCCUACAGUGUAAAUGAAACUGAGUCUUCUUUUGAAGCAAAUCGGAGGAAUCGAUAUUCGGUUGCUUAUGCAGCCCAGAAGCCAUGGCUCUUGAAUGCAACAGUGGAAGAAAACAUUACCUUUGGGAGCCCAUUUAAUAAACAGAGGUACAAAGCUGUCACAGAUGCAUGUUCUCUUCAGCCUGAUAUUGAUCUGUUGCCAUUUGGGGAUCAGACAGAAAUUGGAGAAAGGGGAAUUAACUUAAGCGGAGGCCAACGGCAACGCAUCUGUGUCGCUCGAGCACUCUACCAAAAUACCAACAUUGUCUUUUUGGAUGACCCAUUUUCUGCCUUGGACAUUCAUCUGAGUGACCACCUGAUGCAAGAAGGUAUCCUGAAGUUCCUUAAGGAUGACAAAAGGACACUUGUAUUAGUGACUCAUAAACUGCAGUACCUCCCACAUGCUGACUGGCAUAUAACCCAUCCACCAACCAUGCUAAUCUCUGGAAAUCUGGAGUCAGAGACCAGUAAGAUCAUUGCCAUGAAGGAUGGUACUGUGCUCAGAGAAGGGACACUGAAGGACAUCCAGACAAAAGAUGUAGAGUUGUACGAACAUUGGAAAACUCUAAUGAAUCGCCAAGACCAGGAAUUAGAAAAGGAUAUGGAAUCUGACCAAACCACUCUAGAAAGGAAGACUCUCAGGAGAGCUAUGUAUCCAAGAGAAUCUAAAGCACAGCUGGAGGAUGAGGACGAAGAGGAAGAAGAGGAAGAGGAAGAAGAUGACAACAUGUCAACAGUAAUGCGACUCAGAACAAAGAUGCCAUGGAAAACCUGCUGGCUAUACAUCACUUCAGGAGGUUUUCUUUUACUCUCCUUGAUGGUCUUCUCCAAACUACUGAAGCACUCGGUCAUGGUUGCUAUUGAUUAUUGGCUGGCACAGUGGACAUCAUCGGUGAAUAAAAACGAGACCUUGUGCUCCAUUGAUGGACCUGACAGCCGGACUUGCAACGUGGCUGUGUUCAGCAUCCUCAGUGGUGCAGGAAUUGUCCUCUGCCUUGUCACAUCUUUGACAGUUGAAUGGAUGGGACUCACAGCAGCCAAGAACCUUCAUCACGACCUUCUUAACAAGAUCAUCCUUGGACCAAUCAGAUUCUUUGAUACAACACCCCUGGGACUGAUUCUCAAUCGCUUUUCAGCCGAUACAAACAUUAUCGAUCAACACAUUCCUCCAACUCUGGAAUCCCUCUCACGGUCUACAUUACUCUGCCUGUCCGCCAUUGGGAUGAUUUCAUAUGCUACCCCACCCUUCAUGGUUGCUCUCGUUCCGCUUGGGAUAGCAUUUUACUUCAUCCAGAAAUACUUCAGAGUUGCAUCCAAAGAUCUUCAAGAGCUUGAUGAUAGCACUCAGCUGCCUCUUCUGUGCCACUUUUCAGAGACAGCAGAAGGCCUCACUACCAUCAGAGCAUUCAGGCAUGAACCCAGAUUUAAACAGCGAAUGCUGGAACUGACGGACACAAACAACAUUGCAUACUUGUUUCUGUCAGCUGCCAACAGAUGGCUGGAGGUCAGAACGGAUUAUUUGGGUGCUAUCAUUGUUCUCACAGCAGCUGUGGCUUCCAUUUCUGAAAAAUCCACUUCUGGCCUUGUGGGCCUGGGGUUGCUUUAUGCAUUGACGAUCACAAAUUAUUUGAACUGGGUGGUGAGAAAUCUGGCAGACCUGGAAGUACAAAUGGGUGCAGUGAAGAAAGUGAACAGUUUUCUCAACAUGGAAUCUGAGAACUAUGAUGGCACCAUGGAUAUUUCUCAAGUCCCCAAGGAUUGGCCACAAGAGGGGGAAAUCAAGAUUGAAAAUCUCUGUGUCCGAUAUGAAAACAACUUGAAGCCCGUUCUCAAGCAUGUCAAAGCUUACAUCAAACCAGGCCAGAAGGUUGGGAUCUGUGGUCGAACUGGCAGUGGCAAAUCAUCAUUGUCAUUGGCAUUCUUCAGAAUGGUGGACAUAUUUGAUGGGAGGAUCGUGAUUGAUGGCAUUGAUAUCUCAAAACUGCCGCUGGAUAUGUUGCGCUCCAGGUUAUCCAUAAUCCUUCAAGAUCCCAUAUUGUUCAGUGGUUCCAUUCGCUUUAAUUUGGACCCAGAGUGCAAAUGUACUGAUGAUACACUUUGGGAAGCUCUGGAGAUAGCCCAGCUGAAGAACUUGGUAAAAUCAUUGCCUGGAGGUCUAGAUGCUAUAGUAACAGAAGGAGGAGAGAACUUCAGUGUUGGCCAGCGGCAGCUUUUCUGCCUGGCCAGAGCCUUUGUACGCAAGAGUAGCAUCCUCAUCAUGGAUGAAGCUACGGCAUCUAUUGAUAUGGCCACAGAAAACAUUUUGCAGAAGGUUGUCAUGACUGCCUUUGCACAUCGCACAGUUGUAAUCAUAGCUCACCGAGUCCACACCAUCCUGACAGCGGACCUGGUCAUUGUGAUGAAACGAGGGAUCAUUUUGGAGAAUGAUACACCUGAGAAUCUCCUGGCUCAGGAAGAUAGCAUCUUUGCAUCAUUUGUUCGGGCAGACAUGUGAAAGGGCCACUAAGUUGAAUGUUGCCAACUUUUUAACAUCUGAUUUUUCAACAAAGGGAGGAAAAACUAUAUUUUCUAUAUGCUGCAGCAUCACUGCAAACUUUGCCUAGGAGUUUUGCAUUUGUAACUUUUAUAAAAUUGAAAGCCAUUAUGUAUGCUUCAGAGUAAUAAAUUCUUCACAAAAUGCUA